AUGGCACUCAAUUUCUUCUCUCCUGCGCGCAGGACCGGCCUCGCGCUUGUCGCCGGUCUUCUCUUAUUCGCUGUGCUGGCGGCUGCGACUGUUGACAGUGGAGACAAGAUCACUGUGGGCGACCUUUCCGUAGCGGAAAUCGAAGACAAGUUGCAGGAAUGUCCACUUGUGGAAGCUCUCAAUGAGCACAAGCGUGCGACUAGCCCACCAACAGCCAGUAUGAUGUCGAGGCUCUUUGCGGUCCUCUUCCCUGGCAGUCCCGCGGUCAAUGCAAUCCUGGCAACUGUGUACAUCUCCGGGCCUCCCAACUUCCUCCUGGCCCUAUGCCCACCGAACAUUGACCCUUCGUCUCUCUCCGUCAUGGUUGCUUUCGCCGUCGGAGGACUCCUAGGUGAUACUUUGUUUCAUCUUCUCCCUGAGAUCUUCCUAGGCGAGGACUCCCCGGAGCACGUGCGCUUCGUCAUGGUCGAACCCAACAGGAAUCUCCUCCUCGGACUCGGGAUCAUGGUCGGCUUCUUCACCUUCGUGGCCAUGGACAAGGCUCUCCGCAUCGCAACAGGAGGCGAAGGACAUGCCCACUCGCACUCGCACACACACACCGACAGCUCCUCCCACGGCACAACCACCAGCUCCACCACCAGCACCGCCAACACCGAGCUACGCAAGCGCAAAUCAACUCCCGCCACUAAGAAAGAACCAGAAGACGAGAAAGAGAUCAACCCCAGCGUCAAACUAGGCGGCUACCUCAACCUCAUCGCCGACUUCACCCACAACAUCACCGACGGCCUGGCAAUGUCCUCCUCCUUCUACGCCUCCCCCACCAUCGGCGCAACCACAACCGUUGCCGUCUUCUUCCACGAAAUCCCCCACGAAGUCGGCGACUUCGCCCUCCUCAUCCAGUCCGGCUUCUCCAAGCGCAAGGCCAUGGGUGCGCAGUUCGUCACCGCCAUCGGUGCGUUCCUCGGUACAUUCAUCGGGAUCGCGAUCCAGGAGUUGGGAGGCGGGCACGGCACGGCGGCUGGUGGUGUGACGGGCUCAUCGGCCGGGCUGCUGGGCACGAGUCUCACCUGGGGCGAUAUGCUCUUGCCUUUUACUGCAGGGACGUUCCUCUACGUCGGGACUGUGUCGGUCAUCCCGGAACUGCUUGAGACGGGCAAGGAUAAGACAGUUGAGAUCAAGAAGACGAUUGUGCAGUUCCUGGCUGUUGCUGUCGGGGCGGGAAUUAUGCUUGCGUGA